ACAAACAAACAAACAAACAAACAAACAAACAAACAAACAGGUCGCAUUUUAUACCAUCUGAACAUCGAUUGAUCAGAUCGCAACGUCUGCAAAUAUGGUGAAACUGGCAAAGGCAGCGAAGAAACAAACUAAACCGAAAAAGGCAGCACCACCACCCCCAAAAGAUGUCGAUUCCGAAGAGGAGGACUCCAGCGAAGAAGAGUGCGGGGUGGAAGAGGUUCUUCUUCCAAAGGCAGUUAAGAAGGUUGCAACACCUGCCAAAGUAACCAAAGCUGCCAAGAACGGGAAGGUGACAAAAAAGGAAGAAAGCGAGGAGGAGGAAGAUGAGGAGGAAGAUUCAGAUGAAGAGUCUGAGGAAGAAGUGCCACCACCCAAGAAAGGCAAGGCCACUCCUGCAAAAAAGAAAGCUACUCCUGCAAAGAAGGCUGCACCAGUGAAAAAGGCAGAGUCCGAAGAGGAGGAUGAAGAGUCUGAGGAGGAAGCUCCACCACCCCCCAAGAAGACCCCAGCUAAGGCUGCUAUGAAAGUGACUCCAGCCAAGCUGGCUAAAAAGGAAGAGUCUUCAGAGGAGGAGGAGGAUGAAGAGUCUGAAGAGGAGGCUAUGGACACAGCCCCAGCACCUGCAGCCAAGGGAAAGAAGGCUGGUAUGGUAAAGGUCCAGGAGGAAUCUGAGGAGGAUGAUGAUGACGAUGAGGAGGAGGAGGAGGAGGAGAGUGAGGAUGAAACACCUGCACAGACACCAGGAAAGAGAAAGAAGGCUGAGCCAUCAAAGGCAGAAACCCCUCCAGCAAAGAAAGCCAAGUCUGGUGAAGGUUUCUCUCUCUUCGUUGGUAAUUUGAACACCAGCAAAGACUUCGAUGAACUCAAAGAAGCCCUCAGCACAUUUUUUGCCAAAAAAGAUCUCGAGGUUCAGGACAUCAGGAUUGGGAUGGCCAAGAAAUUUGGGUAUGUUGACUUUGCAACUGAGGAAGAUUUGGAAAAAGCCCUGGAACUGAAUGGAAAGAAGGUCCUUGGCCAGGAAGUCAGACUGGACAAGGCAAAGAGCAAGGAGAACUCUCAGGACAACAAGAAAGAGAGAGAUGCCCGUACCCUGUUUGUGAAGAACCUCCCUUACUCUGUAACAACUGAGGCUCUGAAGACAGUUUUUGACAGUGCUGUAGAUGUCCGCAUCCCCCAGGGCAGGGACGGCUCCAGCAGAGGAAUUGCGUACGUUGAAUUUAAGAACGAAGCUGCAGCGGAGAAGGUCUUGGAAGAAAAGCAGGGUAUGGAUAUUGAAGGCAGAUCUGUGAUCCUGGAUUUCACUGGAGACAAAAGCCAGCAGAACUACCAGAAAGCAGGCAGACCCGCUGGGGCUGAAUCCAAGACUCUUGUUGUGAAUAACCUGGCGUACACUGCCACAGAAGAGGUCCUGCAGAGCACAUUCGAGAAAGCAGUCUCUUUCAGAAUACCACAGAACAAUGGCAGACCCAAAGGUUUUGCUUUUGUUGAAUUUGAAAAUGUCGAAGAUGCUAAAGAAGCCCUUGAAAACUGCAACAACACAGAGGUUGAAGGCAGAACGAUCAGACUGGAGUUCAGCCAGUCCAGUGGGCAGAAAUUUGAAGGUGGUAGAGGAGCAGGUGGCCCCUCAAAAACCCUUUUUGUCGGAGGUCUUUCUGAGGACACCACAGAUCAGACAUUGAGAGACUCCUUUGAUGGUGCCAUUGCAGCCAGAAUAGUUACGGAUAAGGAGACUGGUUCAUCUAAAGGGUUUGGCUUUGUUGACUUCGACUCUGAGCAGGUCUGCAAGGCUGCCAAGGAGGCAAUGGAGGACUCUGAGAUCGACGGCAGCAAAGUGACGCUAGACUAUGCCAGGCCGAAGGGAGAGGGUCAGCGUGGAGGCUUUGGGGGUCGUGGAGGGUUCGGCGGCCGAGGAGGUGGCAGGGGAGGACGGGGGGGAUUCGGCAGAGGAGGCGGAGGAUUCCGGGGAGGCAGAGGGGGCAGUCGCGGAGGCUUUGGAGGUAGAGGAGGUGGAUUUGGAAAACCCCAGGGAAAGAAGAUAAAGUUUGAUAAUUAAAUCUAUAGUUAUCUUCUACUUUUGUUUUGUUUUCAAACGGACUCUGUUUUCAUCUUGAUUUAUUAUUUCCUCCAUGUGCCGUGACAGAGCCUUUGGACAUUCCAGAAUUCGUAAAUAUCUAAAUGUAACGACAACCCAGUAGAUGAAGAGAGCUGUUUGUGAUAUGUUCGGGCUGCCUGUUUCCAUCUCCUUCUCCCCAUGAACUUUUUCAAAGGAGUAAAAUGGAAUGUGAAGACCACCCACUUUAACGCCCUGUUGGCUUGGUACAUAUUGUACAUGCGACGAUUUGUAUAACUUCAUUUUACCUUUUGUAAAAAGUGCCGUCUUUCCUUUAUAUAUAUAUAUUUUUUUUUUAGUUCACUGUAAAUGCAGAAUGUUUUACAAAAUGUGCUUGGCAGAUUGUAAUGGACAGAUGAUUAAAAUGGACCUGAAGGCG